AUACACAGCCAUCAGCUGCAGGAUCUUUUAUUAACAGAUUCUUCUAAGUCAAGCACAAGGAAUACCAAGAACUUUUACAAACCCAUGAAAGAAAUAGUCAGAAUAAUUAUAGUAGAUACUGGACUAAGAAAAAAGAGCAAAAGCAAGGAAGAUGCAGAAAAGAUGAACUGUCACAGUAGUCCCAGCUCCAGAGGGAACCCAUUAAACCAGGGAUACUCCAUCCACUCCCAUCUGCCUUUGGAAGCAACUGAAGAUUCAGAGGGAAAAUUCAGAGAGUGCACAAAAUUGAGAUGGGUAAAAAGAAAGAGAUCCACACAGCAUGGAAAAUCCAUACAGCAUUGUGCAACAUUCAGGAAAGAAUUUGCAAUUCAACCCAGGGUGCUGCAUUCAUGUUCCCAUUCAUGCCUGAAAACCUUUGAAAAAUGUACAGGUAAAAAUUGUCCUGUGUGUAGAAAAGAGCAGUAUCAGACCAGAGUAAUACAUGAUGGGGCAUGCUUAGUUAAGUAG